AUGGUGAAAGACUGGUUGCGUAGCAGGAAACUGCACCUAGCGUAUCAUAAAACAGAGAUGAUGGUGGUAAACAACAGAAAAUCAGAACAAGAGGCGUCGGCACAUGCUGGUGAUUGCAUGAUCCCCUCCGAGAGAUCACUGAAGCAACUGGGAGUGAUGCUUGACGACAAGCUCAGUUUCGACAAGCACGUGGAAUAUGCCUGUAAACGUGCUUCAAUUGCCAUUGCGGCGCUCUCGCGAAUGAUGGCCAAUAACUCGCCGGUGGAACACAACGCAAAGUUGCUGGAGAGCACGCACAGACUGAUGUGUCUUCGUGUGAUCAGUAAGUAUCGUACGAUAUCUGGAGACGCAGCCUUCGUGGUGGCGUACAUGAUGCCUAUUGGGCUGCUCAUCAAGGAGGACGCGGAGUGCAACGAUACGCAGAGGGACAGGAACGCCCGAAGGACUGCCAACGCAGCCUCCCUACGCGAAUGGUAA